AUGGACAGCCGAAGCAUCAGCAGCGCCAACGGCAGCUCCCAACGUCGCAAACUCACCAAAAAGCCGCCCGCCCAGUACCAGGCGCAAGCGCAUCCGCAUCCUCAUCCUCCCCCUCCUCCUCCUGCCACCACCGUCCAUGCGAAUGCGAAUGCAGACGCUCGCUUUGACGCCCUCAGCAGCAGCAGCAAUAACAGCAGCGGCAACGUGAACGGCAACGGCAACGGCUACGGCAACAGUAAUACUACUAAAAGUAACAAAAACGGCAGCGCCCACAGCUACGCCCACGCCCACGCCCACUCCCACUCCCAUGCCCACGCCCAUGCCCAGCACGCGCCGGGCCUGCUGCAACUGCACGGCAAACGGAGCUCCACGAGUCUGAGGCGAGCACCCAGCGCUCCGCCGCAGCGUCGUCUGGACGGCACCACACCCACCCCGUCCUUCAGCGCGUCCACCAACUCGUCGCCCCGUCAUCCUCCCACCACAGCCAAGUCCCCGUCCACGUCCACCGGCAGCAACCAGCCAUCGCCCAUCCUGUCGUCGGGCGAGUUCCUGCCAUCGACUUUCUCACCCUCGCAUCAGCCGGCCGCCUCUACACUGCAGCAGCCGCACCACUACUUCCAACGCCCCGCUGCUGCUGCCGCCGCCGCCCCCGGCCCUACUGCUGCAGCGACAGCGACAGCCACACCCGCAGCAGCCGUCCCCGCCGCUGGCUGGCCACGAGAUCGCCGUUUGUCUGACCCGCACCUGCGUUCUCUCAACUCCAAGACGUCCGAGGACCUGCUCGGCGCGCCCUUCGACGGCACCUCCAUCCUCAACCACCUCGAGGCCACAAAGGCCGCCUACCAGACCCAGUCCCCGUCUCAAACCACCCAGCACCAGCACCAGCACCAGCACGGCCAUCGUCACCCAGCGCCGCCCCCGCUCACCCACGCCCUCACCAGCCCACCUCUACGCCAGUCGGCCAGCUUCUCCGCCGACUCGCCGCUGGCCAUGUCGCUGUCCGAGAAGGCCCAGCAGGGCGCCCCGAAUCAAUUGGCCGGCCCCAAGAGAUACUCGGACGAGACCAAGGAGCCCAAGCCCGGCGUGCUGAGGAAGAAGUCGGGCUUCUCAGGCCUCAUGAGCACUCUGGUGGGGUCGCCCAAGAAGCCCGUCAUAUCGGCCCCAGAGAACCCCGUUCACGUAACGCAUGUCGGCUACGACAGCUCGACGGGUCAAUUCACGGGCCUGCCGAAGGAAUGGCAACGACUCAUCAACGAGAGUGGCAUCCCCGAGAAUGCACGAAGGGAAAACCCUCAGAUGAUUGCAGAUAUCGUCACCUUCUAUAAAGAAACCACCGAGAAGCCACAUGAGGACCAGGUCCUGGAGAAAUUCCACGAUGCCAGAGCCCCAGAGCUACGCACCCCCUCGGGAGGAAUGUCGCCCGGCGUCUACGCUCCUAACUAUGCCGGCACCUUCGAGAACCCCCGCGCGCCCCCGCCUGUUCCUGGUUUCAUGAAAGGCCAAGGCUCGAUGACGACCAAGGACAUCAACCUAAUGCCGAGCCGACCGGCACCGAAACCGCCAACCUCGCUGCCGUCGCGGAGUGCUCCGCAGGCGUCGUAUCCUGCCAAGGACUCGGGGAUCGGUAUGGCCCAGGCUGGUGACGAGCUCCCGGCAACCACCUAUAACGCCCACAAGGACAACGUGCCCAUGCUUCCCGAGGAACACCGGUCGCGGUCCAACUCCCGUGCCAACAGCAACGUGCCAUAUACGCCUGGUGCCAGUCAACCAUCACCGGCGGUACAGCAGGCGUACCAGCAACAGCUGAUGGAGCAACAGCAGCAGCAGGCCAUGGCGCAGGCGCAGGCAGCCAUGAAGGGACAAAUCAGCCGGUCUGCAAGUCAUAAGCAGCCCCAGGGGCACCCGACACCCCCGACAUCUCAGAACCAGUUUGGACGCCCGCCAGAAGCUAACGGUGCAGGCCCGCGACAGCCACCAGCCGCUGCUGGCCCUGGUCCCCAGGCGCGACCACGCCACCGUGCUCGCCAGAGCAAUGCCUUUGAUGUGGCUGCGGCACUGAAGAGAAUCUGCUCCGAAGGAGACCCGCGAGAGAUCUACCGCAACUUUACCAAGAUCGGCCAAGGUGCGUCGGGAGGAGUGUACACCGGCCAUGAGAGAGGAUCGAACCGUCUGGUGGCUAUCAAGCAGAUGAACCUGGAGCAGCAGCCGAAGAAGGACCUUAUCAUCAACGAAAUCUUGGUUAUGAAGGACAGCAUUCACCCCAACAUUGUCAACUUCAUCGACAGCUACCUCUGUACGGGCGAGCUCUGGGUGAUCAUGGAGUACAUGGAGGGUGGAAGUCUCACGGACGUCGUCACGUUCAACAUCAUGACCGAGGGCCAGAUCGCAUCCGUCUGCAGGGAGACGCUUAAGGGGCUACAACACCUGCAUUCGAAGGGCGUUAUCCACCGAGAUAUCAAGUCUGAUAACAUUCUCCUCUCCCUGGACGGCAACAUCAAACUAACCGAUUUCGGAUUCUGCGCUCAGAUCAAUGAGGCACACAACAAGCGUACGACAAUGGUCGGCACACCGUAUUGGAUGGCCCCUGAAGUCGUCACACGCAAGGAGUACGGCAGAAAAGUUGAUAUCUGGUCACUCGGAAUCAUGGCCAUUGAGAUGAUCGAGGGUGAACCCCCGUAUCUUACCGAGUCGCCGCUCCGCGCCCUGUGGCUCAUCGCUACCAACGGUACACCGCAGAUCAAGGACGAACAAAGCCUAUCGCCGCUCUUCCGGGAUUUCCUAUACUUCGCCCUCAAGGUGGAUCCGGAGAAGAGAGCUAGUGCCCAUGACCUGCUUCGGCACGAAUUCAUGAAGACAUGUGUUGAUCUUGCACAACUGUCUCCCCUUGUCCGAGCGGCUAGGGAAGCUCGACAGCAGGAGAAGGCUCGAAAGGGUCAAUGA